CAUUCACGCAAGCGAGUGUGACGUGACGCGCGUAGCACAGAGUGAUUAUUUCCUGACUUAACGCUGUCUUCUGUACACGUUUGGAUCUGAAUGAGCAGCAUUUGGGCGCAUUAGGGCUGUGCGGAACGCUGCUUAAUUCGUGCUUUAAAGGGAAGCGCUCCAGCAGGAUGCAGAAAGAGCGCAGACGUGGGAAGCAGUACGGCUCUGUGGAGACGGCGGAGCCGCCUGAAGACGCGCGCAGAACAGAUGAAGAUGGCAUUGUGUCCAUGGCGGACUCCACCAUCACUGUGGAUGACAUCGAGGGCGAGCUGUUUAAAAUCGAGAGGAUACGAGAUGUUCUGGUGCGGAGAGAAUCUGAGCUGAGAUACAUGAUGGAUGAUAUUCAGCUAUGUAAAGAGAUCACAAGGCUUAAAAAAGAGCUGCAGAAAUUGGUAUCGAUCCCAGAUAAAGAUAAGUCUAGUGAAGACCGGCAGCGUGAGGAGGAGCUUUUGCAGCAGAUCCAUAAGCUGGUGGAGACUCGGGACUUUAUGGUGGAUGAUGUGGAGUUUGAGAGACUGAGGGAGCAAGAGGAGGACAAAGAGAUGGCCGAGUUCCUACGGGCAAAAUUUCCUGCGAGCGCUACAAAGAAAAGUUCCACUCAAAAGAGAAGAAUGACCUCUAGAGCCCAACAGAACUCCUCUCCAAAAGUGACCAAGGCUGGCCUUACCCUGCUUAAAGAAUGCUGCGGUUUUACCUGCUCUGUCAUGUAGAGUAAGAGAUGGUGUGAGCUACUACAAGAAUAAGAGAAGAAGUGUGAUUAAAAAGUCUAAUAAUGGGGAGAGAAGAUAAAACCUGUAGGCAAGAGGCUAUUUAUAUAAAGGUAUAUUUUAUGAGGUACUGAGGAUGUGUCUCAUUAUUGUUGUGCAAAUUGUUAAAGUUAUUUUGGAAAUCAACACUGAGAUAAAGAAUAUGCAAUGUGAUGCAAGUGAAUUGAUUGUAAUUAUGCAGCAGAGUGUGUCUGUCUUUCAACUGUUAAGAGUCUAAAAGGGUCAGGUUAAACCCUUCGGUGAUCAGUAGUUUAAAUUAGCAGUAUUUUCCCUUGUUGUCUAUCCUUGUGAAAUUGAAGAAAAAAGGCAGCUAUCUGAGUUGCAUAAGUUAUUAACUUCAUUAUAUUACUUUUGUCAGUAUGUGUCUGGUGUCUAUGCGAUGUUCUGCCACUGAAGUCAGCUAUAUUUAACCUUAGCUUGAACCAUUGACAUGUGCCAAUGAGAGAAUGAGAGAGAGGGAGAGAGGGAGAGAGGGAGGGGAAAUAAGAAUGAGUAACAAGAAAUAGAUUACAUUACAAACUAGGCAAACAGAAUCAAAAAGAAUGGAUGCAUGGAGUAGACACUGCUGAGAUCUAAGCAGAAUCAAGAAACACGGUCGAAAGAGAUCUGAAUGUAUCUGUGUGCUAUAAAGUGUUACAUGACUGAAGUUUAAAAUCAUGUCUGAUUUUAAGCUAAAGUACUGAAUUUUGCUGAAAAUCUAAUUAGUUAUUUAUCAUUUAUUCUAAUAGGCUGCAGAAUCUAUAUUUUAAAUAGAAGUGUUCUGUACAGGGGUAAAAAAAUUGCUCAAUUAAAUAUAUUAAUCCCCUGCUUAUGUAUUUCUACCUAUUUCCGUGGCUUUUUUUAAGUGUACUAUGCUCUCUUUUAGCUGCUGUGUUAAAUACUGGUUAUAAAGGGAGCAACUACUGUUUGUUUUAUAUCAAGAGAAGAUUUGCCUGAUUUUAUCUGUAAAUAAUUGUAAAGUUUGAUGUUUUUGGUGUUUAUGGGUCAAUUGUCAGAAAAUGAAAGUUUUCAGUGUAAAUGAACAUUAUUUUUAGUGUCCUGGAGUUUUGUAUAAUGAGUAGUUUUGUAGUUUGUGCCAUGUUAUAGGGUCUCUUUUAAAUUCAUCUCAGUUUCUUCAGGAGUUUGUAAAGUCACUUUGCGAUUGUUGCUUGAGUGAAAAUGCUUGAUAUUCCUGCAGCUUUUUUUCUUCUUCAGAAUUUAAAAAAGAAUAGAUUGUUCCACCUUUUUUGCGGAAAACUACAUGAAUUGGUCAAAUUGCAAGCACAGAAUUCUUUUAAACUACUACCAGUGAAAACACAUACAGUAUGUAAUUACUUUCUAUGAUACUGUUACUCAUGUUUGAUGCACGUGAAUUGAAGGCUUUGGUGAAUGUGUGUUGUGAUGAUCACAUAAUGUGUCUUGACACAUGGAAAACUGCCAAAGAUCUGUGUUCAUUUUGAAAAAUUUGAAGCACUUUCGAAUAUAGCAGUAUUUGUUUGAUUCAUUUCUGUGAUAACAAAACCACAAAUUCCUGGAGGUACUGAAAAUGUCCACAGAAUGAUGAGGCCUUUACAGAAAACAAGGAAUAAAACAUGUCAUGGUGUGCUUGUAUAAAUGUAUGUAAAUAUAUGCUUCUCCUUCUUCUUAUACCAUAACCAACAAAUGCAGUUUUUCAUAUAUUAGAUUUUCUUGAUGAGAUUAUAGUUUUUUUUAAGGCUAGUUCCUAUUUUCAUCACAUUAGAACAGCUACUGUAUAAACUGUCAUUCCCUCAGCAGCCUUGCUCUUUUUUUCACGCUUGAAGUUAAUAAAACAAAAAUGUGACUUGUUAUUUCUCUGCCGUUAUAGGAAAUUAUAGAAAUUGAAAAUUAAUCAGAGUAAUUAGUCUAAUUUAAUGUAAUGCACUGUAAUAAUUUCUAAUUUGUAAUAAUCAGUAGUAAUAAUCAAUUAGCACUUAUUCCUUUUGUUGUGUUGUUGUGUUAAUCAUGUCGUUGUGAACGAACAGCAUAUGACCUGUACCCAAAGAAAAGAUAAAGUACACGGCAACCGUUAAUACAUGGUCUCAUGACUGAACUGCUGUGGAUGAACAGGUAAACCUGCUGGUU